CAGUCGCCUCUUCCACUUGAAUCUCAGCGCAGUGGAGGAGGAGAAUCGGUCGCUGCGGCUCCAUUGUCUAAAGAACCCGCUUUUCACACCCCAGCGUUUGGGUCUAAUGGACACACUCUUUGUAAAUGCUUUUUAAGAAUCAGCACUCCAGGAGAAUACACUCUGUCUGCUCAACAGGCCGUGGCCUUGAGGCUUAUCUAAAAGGGUUUAACUUCACUGGUGAGCCGCCUUGGAUCUCCUGAAACUGUGGAACUGAUAUUAAAAUUCCAUCUUUUAUAUCCAAAACUCUUCCCGUUUCUGAUUGACCAAUUAAAGGGCUUCUUGUGACUAUGAAUUCUGCGGAGUUUGAUUUCUCUUUCCUGGAGGAGGGAUUUUCUGCCAAGGAUAUUGUCGAGCAGAAGAUCAAUGAGUCAUCUGUGACGGAUGACAGGGAUGCCUUCUAUGUGUGUGACUUGGGGGAUGUCUUGAAGAAGCACCUGCGCUGGGAAAGGGCCCUUCCUCGUGUGUCUCCUUUUUAUGCAGUCAAGUGCAAUGACAGUCGGGCUGUUGUGAUGACACUGGCCUCACUGGGAGCUGGUUUUGACUGUGCAAGCAAGACUGAAAUACAGUUCGUUCAGUCUCUGGGAGUGGAUCCGAGCAGAAUCAUCUACGCCAACCCCUGCAAGCAGCUUUCUCAGAUAAAGUAUGCUUCUGCCCAUGGGGUCCAGAUGAUGACCUUUGAUGGCGAAAUGGAGCUGAUGAAAGUGGCUCGCUGUCAUAACAAUGCCAAGCUGGUGCUGCGUAUUGCCACAGAUGACUCCAAGGCAGUUUGCCGCCUGAGCAUCAAGUUUGGGGCCCAACUUAAAGCUUGUCGGGGACUUCUGGAGAGGGCCAAGGAAUUGGGGCUGGAUGUUAUUGGUGUUAGCUUCCAUGUUGGCAGUGGCUGCACUGACCCGGAGGCCUACAAGCAGGCAAUUACCGAUGCCCGCUCUGUCUUUGAUAUGGGGGAUGAUCUGGGCUUCUGCAUGAACCUUUUGGACAUCGGAGGAGGUUUCCCUGGUUCAGAAGAUGCAGAGCUCAAAUUUGAAGAGAUCACUGCAGUAAUCAACCCAGCCCUGGAUAAAUAUUUCCCUGCUGACGGUGGUGUGCGCAUCAUUGCGGAACCAGGUCGCUUUUAUGUGGCCUCUGCUUUCACCCUGGUUGUUAACAUUAUUGCCAAGAAGGUCCUCGUGGAUGACGACGCUGCCUCUGAUGAGGUAGAUGAAGGGAUCAGUGACAGGAGCCUCAUGUACUAUGUCAAUGAUGGAGUGUAUGGAUCCUUCAACUGUAUUCUGUAUGACCAUGCUCAUUGUCUUCCAAUCUUGCACAAGAAGCCCAAACCAGAUGAGGCCAUGUAUCCCUCCAGUAUCUGGGGACCAACAUGCGAUGGCCUUGAUCGUAUAGUGGAGCAGUGCAACCUGCCGGACCUGCAUGUGGGCGACUGGCUGCUCUUUGAGAACAUGGGUGCCUACACUGUUGCCGCCUCUUCCACGUUCAAUGGCUUCCAGAAGCCUGACAUUCAUUAUGUCAUUUCUCGGCUGGCCUGGCAACAUGUGCAGCAGAUCUGCUCCCAGGGUCUGCCGGCUCCAGUGGAGACCUGCGUGCUUGAUGUUCCAACCUGCUGUGGAAGAGAGAGCAACUUGGAGAUACCCAUGAAGCCCUCUCAGGCCCGUGUAGUGUAAAGGCAACAUGAAUCACAACAAUAGAUCUUUCAUCAUUUGCCAUUCAUUACAGGAGCAGCGUUUUUAAAUUUUUUGGUCAAGGGACAAACCUCUGCCAGUUAUAUGGAGACGGUGUGGGAUAUAUCGUUGCACACAUUUCUGUUUUGUUGGAAGCUAAUAAUUUUCCAUGAGGUUGUUGGCUGGAUGAUUUCAUUCAAGGGCUGCUAUAAUAUAUGCUGAAUGUUUCCAUUGUCGCCACUCAACAGAAACCUGUAUUAAUAUUUUACCAUGAAGAUAAUGUCAUUAUCAAAGCUAAUUAUUCAUUACUUAGUAGGGAGAUUACAUUAAUGUAUCCAUUUUUCCAUCAAACACCUUGCUGAAACUGUUUUCCGUUCCUUUGUAGUGUAGGUCAUGUUAUGCUCCAGCCGGCACCCUUUUUUAAAAACAAAUCUUAAUUCCUAUUUAUCCAGAUGGACUCAAAAGGCAAGACUGCCUUUCUCUUAUUUAAUGUCAUGAUUGUAGCCUGGAGAAAGCAUAAAAUGUUUGCAUUUACUCUGACAAUAACAACAAUCUUUGGUUGUGAGAGAUGGGAUUGCAAUUUCAUAAUGCUUUUCCUAUGGAAACGUUUGCAAGUUUUUUUUUUUUUAAUUUUUUUUUUUAAUUUUAUUUUUAUUUUUUAAUAAAGUGAUGCAGAACCGAA